AUGGAGCAAAAACAUCAAGACCUUAUAAAAAUGAACUACUCGACUCUGGUGAAGAAAAUGAAGGCUUCUUCAGUUGUCAGACAUCUGUAUGACUCUAACAUUAUAACAGACGAGAUGAAACAACAAAUUGAGACAGAGAAGACCAGUUACGAUCAAAACAGAAGACUUCUUAGUAUCAUUCUUCGGAGAGGACCAAAAGCAUUCAGAAGCCUCCGAAUAGCUCUGAUGAAAGCCGGCCAAACAGAUUUAUCCAAGCUUCUCACAGACAGUGAAGAUACUAUGUCCGAGUAUGAAAAGAAGUUAGCCAUGGCACGAUCUUUGGUUUUGAACUCGGUCGAAAAACAGUAUGUUGAAAACAAACCAAAGAGUGACCCUGUAGCACGGCAAAUAUCUCAAGACGUGCGAUGUAGAAUCAGUCUAGAUGAUUUCAACGCAGUUUUCCUCACAGCCGUGUCUUUCAAAGACAACAUCAAUAUUCACAUACGCCACUUUACAGAGACCAACAAUGGUCUAUUUCCCACAAAGAAGGGAGUAACAUUUCCGUUGUCUAGAUGGUUGAUGUUUGAAUCCAUUCUUCCGGAUAUCCGAAAUCACCUGCAAAACAGAUCAGGCGAAGAAAUGAAAUGGCAUAUAGGAGGAGGAGUGUACGUCUCCAUUACCCCGGGGUAUAAUACGUUGGAUAUAAGGCACUAUUGGAAGCCAGCUGACGCCCAGGAACCAGUUCCAACCAGGAAAGGUGUGACCCUGAACAGACACAAAUUGACCAAAUUACUGUCAGCCGUCGAGGAAGUACGGGAAUGUGUUCCCGAAUUAAAUGACACAGAGCUUUGUGCAUUUAGCGAGUCCCAUCAAAAUCAGCUUGGGAUGUUGAAUUGCCCAGAGUGUACUCCAUUCGGAUAUGAGCCUAAAGAAAAUGUGUCCCUGGAAUGUAAUGUCGAUGACUUACAAGACGCGCUGUCAAUUGAAAGUGACAAUGAGUAA